CACGUGAAUGACUCAUGACUGGCAGUGGCGCUUGUUUUUGUAAUGGCUGACAGUGAAGUUCCAACCGAGAUCUCUUUGGAGGACGCUUCUUCUGAUACAAACGUGACUCCUCCUGUAUUGGACGUUUCGUCUAAUACUUCCACUGCUGAGGGUGCAACUGCUGCCGCAAAUGACGAGGCUACGGAUGAAAAGGAGACUAGUGUGCUCAAACCUGUAGCAGAAACUAUACCAGGUCUUAACUCUAUGAUGAGUGAGUGGCAAGUAUCUUCUCUUCCUGAAUAUAAACAGUUUUUUUCGACUGAGGAUGAGAGUAUGUUUGUUGCAGCUGUUUCUGCUAUUAAAGCACGACUUGAUGAAAAUGACAGUAAUAUUCGUAAGGCUUGGCUACUGACAGAAAUUGAUCACUGGGACCUGGAGAAGGAAAGAAUUGUUGUAUUGACAGAUAAUAAUCUGAUUUCUGUUAAAUACAAUUUCAUUCAGCAACUGGUAGACGAGCUUAAGUUUAUUCCUUUGGCCUACAUUAGGGAAAUUCAUGUGGGAGAUUUUAAAUAUACAUAUUCUUAUGGCUAUGCAAGGAAGGGUAAAGGAUUAAAGAUAGUUUGGGGACAGGAGCCGAUUAGCUUCUGGACAAAAUGGAAUCCAGUCAGCUCUUCUGUUCCUUAUGUCACUUUUGCCUCUCACAUUUUGGUCAUAAAUAAGAAAAUACAAGAUCCUAAGCUCACGCUUGACACAGCAAUUGAUCCAAUUGAAAGUGCCAUAUUAGAGUUUAGGGAGAAGGCAAAAACUACUGAAUCGCCACCUCCGUCUUUACCAGAAUUCAAGAAAAUCGAAGGGGAUAUCGUGAUUGAUUAUUAUCUUGGUGUGUCUGCUAUGAUCCAUAACCAGAGUUAUCUUGGAUUUUUUAAGAAGCGAGGGGCUAUUAACUGGUGAUGUUGUGUUUCUAUGAAUGAGAGUGUUAACUAUAAUAAAUCCUGAUAUUUUAUUUGCUAUAGUUGUAAUGACAUGUACUUAUACUUGUCACAAUGUGUAUUCUUUAUUUUAAAAGUUGUUACUCAAUAAUUGUGUCAUUAUUUUGAGCAGCA